GUGGGAGGGGCGUCCAGCGCGCGCAUGCGCACUUUCUCGGCGGAGAACGGCGGCGGCGAGAGUCGUCGCCGGGUCCAAACGGGUGCCAUGUCGGGCCGGUCGGUGCGGGCCGAGACCCGGAGCCGCGCCAAGGAUGACAUCAAAAAAGUCAUGGCGGCUAUCGAGCGCGUCCGCAAGUGGGAGAAGAAGUGGGUGACGGUGGGGGACACCUCCCUGCGGAUAUUCAAGUGGGUCCCUGUGACGGACAGCAAAGAGAAAGAGAAAUCUAAGUCCGGCGGAGGCCCUGUCCGGGAGGCCAACGGAUUUCCGACCGAAGCGACGGCCAACUCUUCCCUCCUCUUGGAGUUCCAAGAUGAGAAUAGCAACCAGAGUUCCCUCUCGGACACCUUCCAGCUCAAGCCGGACAGCAGCCCGGCCUCCAGCCCCCAGCAGAGUGAGUCCAUGAGCCCCAGCCAUGCCUCUGACUUCCGGACGGAUGACUCGCAGCCGCCCACACUGGGCCAGGAGCCUCUGGAAGAGCCCAGUGUUCCUUCCACGGAGGUCGCUGAUGAGCCGCCCACCCUGACCAAGGAGGAGCCGGUUCCGCCUGAGAUGCAGGAACCCAAACUGGAGGAGGACACCGGGGCGCCGCCACUCAAGAAGUUUUGUCCUGAGCAGAAUGCCGUGUCCCAACCGGCCCCUGAGAGCUAGCUGGCCCCUCGCCGCCUCUGCUGUGCGAUGGGGCCCCAAACGCCAGCCCUUUUUGGUCUCUCCUUCUGUGGGACCUCCAAGAUCCGCUCUUCCUUCCUUCCUUCCUUCCUUCCUUCCUUCCUUCCUUCCUUCCUUCCUUCCUUCCUUCCUUCCUUCCUUCCCUCCGCUGUGGCCUGUGCAAUAAUCCCCCCUUUUGCCCCAACCCCUUGCACGCUGGAGGAACGGGGCCCCGGGGCCUCUGUUGUCUUGCUCUUUCUCCCUCCUCUUCUUCCUGGGGUGUCUGUCUGGUGGGGGGUCCUUCGAAGGAAGACGAGGUACGAUAGCACUUAACCAGGUGCCCCUGAGGGUCCCGAUUCCCCCCUCCAAUGCUUCCUUAUUGGGGGGAACGCAAGGACUUGAUGGGCGACCGGCUGGGAUGCAGUGCAAUAGUUUGUGGGGUGAAGCCAUUCGCGCCGGGAGGAGCCACGACUCCGUUGCCAUCUCCUCUUGGCAAAGGAGCCGGAAGGCGGGCAAUAUGGUGGGGAGCGGAAAACGCCAGCGUGGCCCAAUCUGACCCAGCUGGGCAGCAAAUCCAUGCCGCAAUUUGACUUGCUUUGAAGGCGUUCUCCAAGUCGCUGUGGCUGCUUAGGGAUGGAAUUUCCCUAGGAAGCAAAGGGAACCAACAUGGUGUCAGCCCUCUAUCAGGAUCGAAUUUGGGAAUUCCGAGAACUCCCUUAAAGCCAGUGUGAAAACCUGGAGCGGAUCUGUUGCCCGACUGACCUGGGAGCCGGCCGCCAUUGCCUCUGCCGCCUUCCCCUUCCGCCUGGCCUCCCCCCGGGACGCAAAAGAGAUAUUUUAGCACUGAAGAGAAUAUUUUUAAAAUUAAAGUAUUUCAACUAGAAGGUGUCUGAGAGACUGCGUUUGUGGUGGGAGGGUGGGAUCGGGAGCGAGACGAGGACAAAAGAUGAAAGUGUGCGUGCCCACAGAGAUUGCGGACUAGAAUCCUUACUGUUACCAUUAUUGUAUUUAUUUAUUUCAUACUUUACAAUAUUAAAAUUAAUUAUUAAAGGUAAAGAUUUCCCCUGA